UCUAAGUGAAUCUUCGUUGGUGAUAGGUAACCAAACUAAAAAAUUGUAAUGAACAAAUCAGUGACGAUCCUUAUCCUGCUUAUAGCUGUCAGCUAUUCGCAACCAACCGAAAACGACUCCGGUGAACUUUAUUCUCCACAAGAAUCGGCAGCGAUUGAGCAGCUGAGAAAAAAGUUCGAAGAAGCCUGCAUUCGCAAUAGUGGCUCCAAUGUGACGUAUGCCGAAGUAAUGGAGGCUGUCGCUCUAAUUCCAAGGUGUUUGAGUGGCAAAAUCAAUCUUGAAAACAUAAUUGCCGGUUGGAUGGCUUUAAGCAAUGAUACACGGGAAGAAUUCUUCUCCGAACAUUGUCCCGUGAUUCGAAGCAGCGUGGUCGAAUGUUUAAAGCCUGUCGAAUCGGUUGCAUUGCAGUGCAUAGAGCCAGGUGGACAACGGGUGGAAAGUCCGGACUUUCCGGUGUAUAUACUACCUCAGGCGUUAGAUUUAGUAUGUGAGAAUCAUGGAGAGAUUCUGUUUGCUAACAAAAGUGAAAGUCCGAAUGAGUGCUUUUCAAACUACUAUACUUAUAUCAAGAGCUGUAUGAAGAACUUUGUAAGUGAUACAAAUGCUAAGCUUAGGAAAAAUUAUUCGGAAACGGAAUGCAGAGUACUUAUUGAUUCGAGAGAAUGUGUUGCGGAAAAAUUAGGCUCCUGCGGCAAUCGUGAUUUAAUACGGAUAUUCGAUUUACCGUACCAAGCGAUUGUGAGGGAAACUGCUUGUAAAAAUUUUAUAAAAUGAUUGACUUCGAUAUAACAGAGUAACUGUGAAAUUAGAUUUUUUUCGAAUAUAAACCAAUCUCAUAAUUU